AUGGCGAUCCAGAAAAAGCACGGAAAAGGUCGUUUGGAUAAAUGGUAUCGACUUGCGAAGGAGAAGGGCUACCGAGCCCGUGCUGCGUUCAAGUUGAUUCAGUUGAACAAAAAGUACGGUUUCUUGGAGAAGAGCAAAGUUUUACUUGAUCUUUGUGCUGCACCCGGUUCAUGGUGUCAAGUGGCUGCGGAAUGCAUGCCCGCGCAGAGUAUCAUUGUCGGUGUCGAUUUGGCUCCGAUCAAGCCAAUUCCUCGAGUCAUCUCCUUCCAGAGCGACAUUACCACCGAAAAGUGUCGCGCGACGAUUCGUUCCCACCUGAAACACUGGAAAGCAGACACUGUGCUUCACGACGGUGCGCCUAACGUCGGUACUGCAUGGAUUCAGGAUGCCUUCUCUCAGGCUGAACUGGUUUUGCAAUCUUUGAAGCUGGCCACGGAGUUCUUGUGCGAGGGCGGAAAUUUUGUCACCAAGGUUUUCCGUUCCAAGGAUUACAAUCCCUUGCUGUGGGUGUUCAAGCAGCUUUUCACAUCCGUCGAAGCGACCAAGCCUCCCUCGUCGCGUAAUGUGUCUGCCGAAAUUUUCGUCGUCUGCCGUGGUUAUAAGGCGCCGAAGCGCAUCGACCCCAAGUUCCUGGACCCCAAGCACGUCUUCGCUGAGCUUUCUGCUGCCACCCCGAAUUAUGAAGCCAAGGUCUUCAACCCUGAGAAGAAGAAGCGCAAGAGAGAGGGUUAUGAAGAGGGAGAUUACACCCAAUUCAAGGAAAUCCCGGUCACCGAAUUCAUCAACACAACGGACCCUAUUGCAAUCCUGGGUGGAUACAACAAACUCAGCUUCCAACAGCCACCAGGUGGAGAUCUUGCUAUGUCCACCCUAGAACGCCUCGAGGACACCACGGACGAAAUUAGGACCUGCUGCGAGGAUUUGAAGAUUCUCGGAAAGAAGGAAUUCCGUAACCUACUGAAGUGGCGCCUUAAGGUCCGGGAGGAGUUUGGACUUGUCGUGAAGAAGAAGCAGCAGAAGGAUGAUGAGGCGGAAGAAGUCGCUGAAAUCGCCCCGAUGGAUGAAGAGCUCGCCAUUCAAGAGGAACUCAUGAAAAUGAGGGAGAAGGAAACUACACGCGGAAAGAAAGAGCGACGCAAAGAAAACGAAAAGAAACGCAAGGAAAUUGUCCGCAUGCAAAUGCACAUGACCACACCCAUGGAUAUUGGCAUGGAACAAAUCGGACCUGGAGGCGAGGAUACCACUUUCUCUUUGAAGAAGGUGGAUAGGCACGGUGCCAGAGAUGCCGUUGUUAAUGCCCGCGAUAUUCCUGUCGAUAGCGACACUGAGGACGAAUCUGACUCGGAAGACGAGGGCAGCGACGACGAUGGCGAUCGUCUCGAGGGUGAACUUGACUCAAUGUACGAGCAGUACCAAGAGCGCAUGGAGGAUAGGGACUCUAAAUUACGCGCGAAGAAGGCUCGGAAAGGCUACGAGACCGAAGAGUGGGAGGGCUUCUCCGAGGACAACAAGAGUGAUGAUGAGGAGGAGGAUGAGGAUGAGGCCCCCCAAAAUGCCUCUGCAAACAAUAUCCCUCAGUCUGGCGCUCUGUCGAACAACGCUUCCCUUUUCUUUGAUCAGGAUAUCUUCCAAGGUUUAGGGGAAGAUGAGGAGGAGGAGGAAGACGAGGAGGAAGACGAGGAGGAAGACGAGGAGGAAGACGAGGAGGAAGACGAGGAGGAAGACGAGGAAGACGAGGAAGAAGACGAAGAGGAAGACAGUGAGACCGAGGAAGAGGAUAUUCCGGCCCCCACACCUAAGCAGAAGACGAAGAAAGAGAAGAAGAAGAAGGAGUCGGAAUGGGUCGACUCGGAUGAGGAAUAUGAAGAGCGAGAGGAUCCCCGCAAGGCCAAUGGCCAACUCGAUAUCGAUAUUAUUACUGCUGAAGCGAUGGCCCUUGCACAGGCGAUGGCUUCGGGCGAGAAGAAGUCCUCCGAUGUUGUUGAUGAUGGUUUCAACCGCUACUCAUUCCGUGACCUGGACGGUCUUCCCGAGUGGUUCCUUGAUGACGAGGGCCCACACAGCAAGCUCCAGAGACCAAUCACCAAAGCCGCGGCCGCUGCAAUCAAAGAGAAAAUGCGUGCCAUCAACGCCCGUCCCAUCAAGAAGGUGAUGGAGGCAAAGGGUCGUAAGAAGUUCAAGGCAGCUCAGAAGCUGGAGAAACUGCGGAAGAAGUCGGCCUUGCUAGCAGAUGACGAAGCGCUCAGUGAGCGUGACAAGGCCCAGGCUAUAUCGAAGCUAAUGGGCAAGGCCACCAAAAAGAAGCCCAAGCAACAAGUCAAGCUAGUUGUUGCCAGAGGUGCUAACCGUGGUAUUUCUGGGCGACCUCGCGGAGUGAAGGGCAGGUACAAGAUCGUGGAUUCACGUAUGAAGAAGGAUAUUCGGGCACAAAAGAGACUGGCCAAGAAGAAGGCGUAA